AAUAACCGGAAGUAAACGAAAACUUUUAUUUGGCCUAGGCAGCUGAUUCUACGUUCACGUUGGUGGUUUUAGCUAACCGCUGUUCAAGUGUAUUUUUCGGCUGAAAGUGUCUUCUACCUGAGUUAAGAUGUCUUAUAUGCUUCCUCAUCUACACAAUGGCUGGCAAGUGGACCAGGCCAUUCUCUCUGAGGAGGACCGUGUUCUAGUUAUUAGGUUCGGACACGACUGGGACCCAACUUGUAUGAAAAUGGAUGAAGUGCUUUACAGUAUUGCUGAAAAGGUGAAAAACUUUGCCGUCAUAUAUCUAGUUGACAUCACAGAGGUUCCGGAUUUUAACAAGAUGUACGAGUUGUACGACCCGUGUACGGUCAUGUUCUUCUUCAGGAACAAGCACAUUAUGAUUGAUUUGGGCACAGGCAACAACAACAAGAUCAACUGGACUAUGGAGGACAAGCAAGAGAUGAUAGACAUUGUUGAAACUGUGUACAGAGGAGCAAGAAAAGGAAGAGGUCUUGUUGUAUCUCCAAAAGACUAUUCAACAAAAUACAGAUACUGACUUUUCUUCUUUCUGUUUCAUCUAAACCGGAAAGUUUAUACUUUUUCCACCCAGUUGUCAUUAUACAGCCAUUUCUGACCAUUUCUUUCGUGUUACAUUUGAUCGUAUGAUAUUAAAUGCAUUUGUUUUACA